AUGGUAGUCUUAUAUCUCUACCUCCUGAUUAUCGGUGCCAAUGGAGAAGCGAAGAAGAAAUCGGGUGGAAGGUUGACACCGGAGGAGAAUAAGCAGAGGUUGGAGACUUGUGGAAAGACAGCAAUUGACACCCCAUCCGGUAAUAGCACAUCUAUGGAGCUCCUCAAAAGCUUUCCUGACUGGCUAUCAUGGGCUAUAACUCGUAACCAAAACUCUGGAGCCGCCUUGACCACUAUGAUAUCACCUAGACACUUUCUGACGUCUUCUCAAGUGGUUAUGCAUGAUAAUGCGACUUGGCGAUGGAGUUCAAAAAAAGUCAGAAGAUGUUCUCAUGAACUUGGUCAAGUAAAUCUAGAAGUUCCCAAAGAGAUUCUCAAAAACCUAGAACUUUUCAAGACCGAGUGUCCACCAACAUGUAAAAUUACUUCCGUUAUCCCUGUGACUCGAGCGGUGAUUCUGAAUUACUGUUAUACUACAUCCAGGAUGUGGCAAUGGAGUCAAGCGGUGAUGGUUAUGGAGAUAGCAGAGGAUAUCAGUGACGGUGGUUUUCCUUGUUUAACUUAUGAAGUGGAAAUAUCAGGAGCUGGAGAGGAGGCAGGAGGUGAGGAACGAGAUGAAACGUAUGAGAGGUCUAAAAACGAGUGGCUUUCUUGUUCUCGUCGUAGACGUGCUUGCGAGAAGCACGGAGUGUUUCCCAUUCAGGACGAGUCAGAUCUCUUCGAGCACGUGGCUUCGACGGCAUGGCAAGGAUAUCAGGGUUGGUACGACGAGCAAUGUGGAAUCCGUGUAGGAACGAGUCACGGUCGGAGCUGGAUUCAAAUUGAACUUUCAAAGGGCGGUACAUUGACUUGCAUUCGUGACGAUGGAUCUUGA